AUGGGGGACUGGAAUUUGCUGGGCAGUAUCUUAGAGGAAGUUCAUCUCCAUUCCACCAUAGUGGGCAAAAUCUGGCUCACCAUGCUUUUCAUCUUUCGCAUGUUGGUUCUCGGUGUGGCUGCUGAAGAAGUCUGGGACGAUGAGCAAGAGGAGUUUGUUUGCAACACCGAGCAGCCGGGUUGCAACAACAUCUGCUAUGAUAGAGCUUUCCCCAUCUCCCUGAUCCGCUACUGGGUGCUCCAGGUCAUCUUUGUCUCAUCCCCUUCUCUUGUUUAUAUGGGCCACGCCAUUUAUAGACUGCAAGUCCUUGAGAAAGAGAGGCAGCAGAAGAAAGCCCACCUUAAAGAGCAGCUCAAAGAGAUUGAACCCAUUAUAGAGAAUCACCGGAGAAUAGAGAGGCAGCUGAAGAAGCUGGAAGAACAAAAGAAAGCAAGCAAGCCUCCCUUGCAAGGGGCUUUGCUAUGGACCUAUAUCUUUCAUAUCGUGACCCGAUCAGCCAUAGAAGUGGGCUUCAUGGUGGGCCAGUAUCUUUUGUAUGGGUUUCAAAUGAAUCCACUGUAUAAGUGCACCCUUCCACCUUGCCCUAACACUGUGGAUUGCUUUGUGUCCAGACCAACCGAAAAAACCAUUUUCAUGGUCUUCAUGAAUAGCAUUGCAGCUGUUUCCCUCCUUUUGAAUAUCUUGGAGAUCGUUUAUUUGGGGGUCAAGAAGAUUAGAAACACCCUUUGCAGGAAGUCCAAGAAGAAGCUAAUGACCGCAGAGGAGGAGGCUAUCUUUAAUUUCCCCAAGAAACAUUCAAUGAUGCAGCAGAUUUGCAACAUGAGUGAUUCAUCCCACCGGGAUAGUUACAAAUAUAGGUCAGAGGAGCAAGGGAGGCUACCCGUCUCCUUGAAUCUUGAAGAAGGAUAUGUACUUACUGAACAAAACCAGCAACAGGGCAAUGGGGAGCAACAGUGGCGCAGAAAUUGCAGAAGCUGGCCCAAUCAGUAUCCAGAUAGACUGCAUCCUUCUUAUGGUCAUCUGGGAUACCCCAAUGGGAAUGGAGAACCUCAACACAGGCUGUUCCCCAGGCAUACAAACUACAUAAGUCAAUGCCAUAAUGAUGAGCAUCUGAUUGCGCCCUGCAGCACCGACAACAUCCCAAUGGAAGCAGGGCAGGCUGUCGAUCUCUACAGAAAGAAUGAAUCCAAUGCUUCAGAUGAGUCCAAGAACCUUCCACACGCUUCUAAAAUUUCCAUAGUAUCCAACCCCAGGGAGAGCCCUCAAGCAACAUUUCGGAAGUAUAGCUGGGAACUUAGCAGCAAGGACUUAGGAGAUGAUAAUGGCAGCCCUCCAAACACCAUGCCUUACCAGAACCACAACUCCAGCCUUUUACCCAGAAUGCUGUCAAAGAGUCAGCUGGAUAUCGACUCAGUUACCUCAGACUCACAGAAUGGUUCGGUCUUGGAAGCUAAAUGGCAAGAUGACAGCAGCCCUCCUGUCACACCCUCAUUUCCUUCCACAAGGGGACACAGAAUGGCAAGUAAACCCAAGCAAUCUUUCUGCUACACUGCUAUAUUCUGCUAUAGUGUGAAUUAUUGCUCUUUAGUAUCCUUUUAG